CCUUGAGAUGUCAGCAGGUGCCUAGCAGUAAGCGUAGAUGCUGCGGUUCUCCGUGGAUUGCUCAUGUCUUUGCUGUUGUGUAACAUGCUCCGUGUGGAUGUGACAAGUGUGUGCUCCGGAGUAUCCUUCAUCUUUUGCGAUAGGAAUGUGAAAGGAUAAUGUGCAACUCUGCACCCGUCUCCCCACAGCCCUCCAACUGCCGUCACUUGCUGUCCAGAGUUCCUGUAUCUGAACAAGAUGCAAAAGGGAGGAUUCCCUCGCCACCGUCGGAUGGCAUACUAAGUAUGCAUAAUUUCAGAUGCCUGCCUUUUCCACAAUACUAAGGGAUAGCUUUGGCCAGGGGAACCACUCGGGGGCAUGGUGAUGCCCUCUUGGACGAACGGUCCAUGCACAGCACGAUGUUGUCAGCAGAGCCCGGAGGCUCAUCUUCGGGCUGCCGACCCUCGCUCCCAUCUUUCUGCCGAAGUCGUUUCUAUCGACUUCUGGUGGCUGUUGUUGUCAUCUUCCUUCUGGUCGAGUACAGCGUCAACCUGCUCGCCUACAGCAGUGCCUCCCUCAAGAAUGUCUCCCCGGGUCUCACAUGGUUCCUUGGGGCGGAUCCACUUCAGUCCGAGGCUCACGUCAGUAGGACGUCGUUCAGCAUCGGAGACUCAAUCGGUGUUGUGAACCAGAGUAGACAUCUUGUGAAUGGUAGUGGUAAUCAGACUGUGUUCAGGACAGACAACGUGACUGAAGUAGUUGCACCUACAAACACAUCCGUGCUCGAACUGUGUCCUCUUAUUCCUCCAAAGCUAGUUGGGCCUUUAAAAGUCUUGAAAGACUCACUGUCUUUCGAAGAGCUAGAGAAGCUGUUCCCUGACCUGAUGCCGGGUGGAAGGUACAAACCCAAGGAGUGUGUAGCCAGGCAUCGGGUGGCCAUCAUCAUUCCCUACAGGGAUCGUGAGGAGCAUCUACGCGUUUUCCUUCACAAUAUGCAUUACAUGCUCAGGAGACAGCAGCUGGACUACGGAAUAUUUGUCGUGGAAGAGGUUGGCAAGGAGAAAUUCAACCGAGCAAAGCUGAUGAACAUUGGCUACCUUGAAGCAUCUGCACUCUACGAUUACCAGUGCUUCAUUUUCCACGACGUUGACCUCAUUCCUGAGGACGACCGCAAUCUCUACACUUGCCCAGAGCAUCCUCGGCACAUGUCUGUGGCCAUAGACGUUUUUAAAUAUAGGCUACCAUAUGCAGGCAUCUUUGGUGGUGUGAGUGCUCUGAAGAAAGAGCAUAUGCAGUUAGUAAAUGGCUUUUCCAAUGAAUUCUGGGGCUGGGGUGGAGAAGACGACGACAUGUCAUAUAGGUUGAAGCACUAUAAGCUGCCAAUUACAAGGUACCCGGCAAACAUAGCAAGGUACACAAUGCUGAAACACGAAAAGGAUACCCCCAAUCCUGAAAGGUACAAGUUUCUACACAAAGGCAGAUUACGCUACAAAACUGAUGGGAUUAAUAGUGUUAAAUACAAGCGGGUGGACAUAGUGUUCAAGAAACUUUACACCUGGAUCUUGGCUGAUGUGAAACCCAAAGACUGAGCUGCAGACCUCAGACGUGGACUGCACCUCUUUAGACCCAGUGGUGUAUCUGUGUGGUGAAAUCGUUCCGCUAUUGGGGUGUUCAGUGCCAUUGCUGACACGGAGUUCAAGAUCACACUGCAUGAGAUUCACCGUAGCUGUAGCAGUUGCCUUUCACAGCUGCAGGGCGGAGCAUAAUCGGAUGCACUUCAGUCCUUGUAGGGUGUGCAAAUGUGUUACAGGUUUGAAGUUGAUUCACAUGACAAUGUGUCAUCAUUUCUCACAUCUGAUUUGGUCACCUUAUGACAGCAGUAUUUAAUGAAGACCAUGAUGAUGACACACUAAUACGAUCACUCUUUCUUGGGUGACCUCAGCAUAAUUACUGCUCCACAUACACACAUAAAAAGAAACAGAUCACUACACAUGCAACUUACUUGUUGGCAUACUCAUGAGACACAUGGAGAUUCUUUUGCCCACAGGUUGUCACUUUCUAGAUUCUAGAAAAUUGUGGGUUGCAUAACAUACAAAGCAUUCACAGUGUGCCAUUGGAAGUAUGGUAUACAGGGGCAUGUCCUUAUCAAUAAGCGAAGGACAUUUGGUAUUACGUACUUAGCUUAAUGGAUCUAAUCCGGACGUCCUUUAUGCAUUUGCACACUCUUGGACUUUUUAAUGUGGCUGUUGUGGAGAAGUUGAAGAUGCAGACUUCAUCGCACCAUUAUUGUGACACAGUGCUCUGAGAAUCUAUUCACCAUGAACUUGCAGAGGACUGAAUAGUAUGUGGUGCCUCAUACCUUGAACUUAUGAAACAACUUGUUUUGGUGCAUAGUUCUUUUUUUUUUUAGGUUAUACAAAGGCUGUUUUUAUACCUCUGUUUUGAAUUAUAUGAGCCAUUGCAUGGGACUGGACAAGCAUUGCACUUCUAUUGUGGGCAGUGAGACAAAACAAGAUAAUUAUAAUACACAGCGAACAGCUACAUUUUCUCUUUGUCUGGCUGCCCACAACACAAGCAUCUACCAACAUGCCCAAGUUUUGUUAAGUAUGUAAGCAAUUGUACUUACUUUGAUAGUGUACUAGGUAUGCCAUAAAUCUUUCAGGGUGUCCUGUAAUAGCGGGGAAGAUACACAUUAGUGUAGAAAAUAAUUGCAAAAGAUCUGUGCCUUGUAGUCAUGUUUUUCCUCAUUCAAUUGAAAUCUGUUUUUCUGGCUUGCUCUUUUUUUAAGGAGGCAAGAUCUCUGUCAUUUUGCUUAAUAACUCUUGCAGGUAAUAAUUACGUAUUCACUUCCACCUAUGGUGGAAGUUAUGGUUAAAGAAACUUUCUUUUCAAAUAAUUUUUGGGGUAGCUUCCCUUCUCGGCAUUAAUUUGCUGUUCGACGUCUUGCCCAAGAUCAAAAAUGGAUAAAGAUCUGUUCUUGUCAGCUUAAUAUCUGAAACAAGUCCUACUUGGAUGCACAGUAUCGACAGGGUCUGACUUCUUUACGUUAAAUGCCUUUCCAGAUUUGAGAGGGAAAAAAUUGGGUGCUACCGAUGCACUCUAGCGUUAUCAGGGUGCUGGAUUUUUCUUAAUGUACAGCAAGCCACCUGCAGUUAAAAUGCAUAUACUAAUUGGUCAAACACACUACGUAUCUUGCCAUUCAUAGCGACAAACACCGGAUGUCCAAACAUCAAAUGUGCUCCCCAUAGUCUACGCGUAUUAUUGCAUUCAAAUAAGAUUUGCAUCGGACAUGCAUGCAAAUUGCUACUAAAUAGUGUAUGUGAUACGUCAUGAUACAACUCUAUAUACGUCAUUGGAAUUCUGGGAGAAAUCGGGCUUAACGUGAACUGGUCCUAAACAGUUUCAGGAAGGGAUAAACAGGAGGAAUCGGGUAUAACCCGAAAAAGUCAGACCGUAGAUAUUAACCAUGUUUUUGGCACAAGCCAUCGUUUCCAAAGCUCGCUUUUGCACCGUCAAGGCUUGUCCUUUUCAGUUUGUCACAAAUAUGCUGCCCCUUUUAUGUUGCUGUGACAUUGCCAUAGCACAGUUCAGCUUCGCAAGGACAAUUCAGUUACUGAUUUUAUCAGCAGUUAAUUUGGAAGGUGUCCUACCAGGGCUGUUUCUCCUGCAUACUGGUCCGUCCCGAAUAUGCAUCCAUUUGUGCAUUUUCCCCCUGUUGCUAUUGCAAGUGAUUAGUUCUUGUUGUUUUGACUGGUCUGGUUACUUACACACUUCUCUUUACCGAUGUUUUAGCUGUGAUUGUGAUCUUUAAAUUUGAAUUGUUAGGGCUAGAUGUGUCUUGUCUGCCCUCUGAAUGAAUGCUGCUGCAGCAACAAAGGGAGUCUCACUACAACAAAAAGCGGGGCAGAUG